AUGGAAACAAUUCCUGACGAGGAAGUUGUGGAAGGAAGUACCAUGACGCUAAGAUGUAUUGCGGCAGGAUAGUAAGUAUUGUUUAAUUUAGACGCAUCUCAAAGAAACACUUCGAGUUUUGCUAUCAAAUAAUGCACGUUUUCUCCUCGUAAAUAAUAAAUAUACCUGUAGACCUUUAGGAAGAAUAGUUUACAACUGAUAGAGCUUUCCUGAAUAAAUAAAGUUAGCUUAGUUUGGUUUGGUUUUCCUCCUGUAGUAACACUGGAUCAAUAAGGGAUGAUCCUUACUGGACCUCUAGGAAGAACAGUUUAGAACUGAUAGAACUAUCCGGUAUAAAUAAAGUUAAUUUAGUUAGGUUUCCUCCUGUAGUAACACUGGAUCAAUAAGAGAUGAUCCUUACUGGACAUAUAGAGAGAACAGUUUAGAACUGAUAGAACUAUCCGGUAUAAAUAAAGUUAGUUUAGUUUAGGUUUUCUCCUGUGGUAACACUGGAUCAAUAAGAGAUGAUCCUUACUGGACAUAUAGAGAGAACAGUUUAGAACUGAUAGAACUAUCCGGUAUAAAUAAAGUUAAUUUAGUUUAGGUUUCCUCCUGUAGUAACACUGGAUCAAUAAGAGAUGCUCCUUACUGGACCUCUAGUGAGACCAUUUUAGAAUAGAUGGAGCUAUCCAGUUUAAAUAAAGUUAGUUUAGUUUAGGUUUCCUCCUGUAGUAACACUGGAUCAAUAAGAGAUGAUCCUUACUGGACCUCUAGGGAGAACAGUUUAGAACUGAUAGAACUAUCCGGUAUAAAUAAAGUUAAUUUAGUUUAGGUUUCCUCCUGUAGUAACACUGGAUCAAUAAGAGAUGAUCCUUACUGGACAUAUAGAGAGAACAGUUUAGAACUGAUAGAACUAUCCGGUAUAAAUAAACUAAGUUAGUUUAGUUUAGGUUUCCUCCUGUGGUAACACUGGAUCAAUAAGAGAUGACUCUUACUGGACCUCUAGAAAAAACAGUAAAUAAAGUUUGUUCAGUUUAGGUUUCCUCCGGUUAGGAACACUUGACCCUGGGUCCUGGGACUGGAUCAAAAUUAAUUCAGUGCUGGGAUCGGAUAAAAAUUCACCUCAGUUAUUUUAAGUAGUGAUUUAUUCGUAUGAGAUCCAAUUCGAAACUGGACUAGAUUUCAAGUCCUCGCAUUUUGAUCCAGAUUGCGCAGAUUUGAAAUCUAGUCCAGUCCUUAUACAGUAGUCGGAUUUGAAAUAUGACUUUUAGAACUGAUAGAGCCACCCAUUUCACUCAGUCUUAAUAUAACAUUUUGCUUCUAUUUUUAUCAGUCCAACACCUACAUAUCGAUGGAAGAAAACAGACCUGCUGGGGGUAACAAGCAAUGUGUUCGACAAGGUGAACGGCGUGCUGUUGUCAGAAACUAAUAAGGUUUUAAUUAUUAAAAAUAUCGAGAAAUACCGACAUGCCGGGACAUAUACAUGUCAUGCAACCGUUGAAGAUGGCGGGGCUCAGAAAAUGGCAAAGGAAAGCAGCAAGGUCACCAUAAGAGGUAGGAGAAUAUGAAGACCUAAUCCAACCUACACACGCAAAAAAUCUCACAUCUUGUAGCAAGUCUGCCAACAAGUCGUCAACAGGUUGUAUUCGCACUGCUUGUCCCAAUUAAGUUGUCAACAAGUAUGAAACAAGCUGUUAACAACUUGUAACAAUCAAGUUGAUAAGAUCAGACUUGUUGCAAGGUUGUUCUAACAAGUCCAGUGCAGUUAUGAUAUAACAAUAUUGUUACAAAGCUGUGUCGUCAACUUUGUAACGUUCGUGUUAUAUCAUGACUGUAUCAGACUUAUUAGAACAAUCUUGUAACAAGUCUGAUAAUGCCAACAAGCUUGUUACAACUUGUUAACAGCUAGCUUGUAACAACCACGUUGAUAUUAUCAGACUUGUAAUCAGGUUGUUCCAACAAGUUCGUUACAGUCAUGAUAUAACAAUAUUGUUACAACCUUGUGUCAUCAACCUUGUAACAUUCUUGUUAUAUCAUGACUGUAUCAGCUUCUCAGAAUAAGCUUGUAACAAGUGUUAUAAUGCCAUCAACCUUGUUACAAGUUGCUAACAGCUUGUUCCAAACUUGUUACAACAACUGGGGACAAGCAAUGCGACAUCGACAGCUUGUGAACAGAUUUGUAACAACUUGUUUGCAGACAUGUAACAACUUGUGCGUUUUUAAGUGUGUAAAAAUAUAUAAAGAUGCGUUUUUAGGUGUAUAAACACAGUGUAUGUUACCCCAAAUUAUAGAAAAGCCAAAGUGGGUAAACGGAACACUGAUCACAAGUAGUACACCCAAUAUCUCCACUCCACAUUCAUGGAAAUGUAUGGCGCGAGGGGAUCCAGAGCCUGAGUACAACUGGUAUGCCAACACCACCAUUAUGAACAACGUGAGGUAAGGAGGGAUAGCACGGGAUAAUGUUCUUUGUCAAGUAUAUUCUCCUGACCAGAAGUGACAGAACUAUCAUGAACACCACCACCUUCAUCAUUACCAUACCAUGGCCAACAUCAAGCUUUUUAUUGACCUUUAUAUUUUAUACUCGAAUGUUCUAGUGGUCGCCAUACAAUCGAAGGAGGUAUCCUGAGAAUUCACAGUGUUUCACCCGAAGAUGAUGGAAUGUACCAAUGCGUGGCAAAGAAUAAGUUUGGAUUUGCCUAUCAAACUGUUUCUUUGGAAGUCAAAGGUAUAAAAAGUAAAAUUAUAAUUAAAUUAUAUUUCUCAGCUUAUGUAAAUUCAUAGACAUAUUUUAACUUGAAAAUCUUGGAUGAAGAGCCAAGUGUGAUUUUUGGAUAGGCCGAAUAGAUCUUUAUUAUUAUUAGUAUCAUUAUUUAUACUGGAUAACUCUGUCAGUUCUACAUUGUUCUCCCAAGAAGUCCGGUAAAUGAUGAUUUAGUGUUGCUACAGGAGGAAACCUAAUCUAAACUAACUUUAUUUAUACUGAAUAACUCUACCAGUUCUAAAUAAUUUUCCCUAGAGGUCCAGUAACAGUCAUCUCUUAUUGAUCCAGUGUUACUACAGGAGGAAACCUAAACUAAACUAGCAUUAUUUUUACUGGAUUGUUCUAUCAGUUCUAAACUUUCAUCCGUUCAUCUUUUAUAUUGAUGUAGUUUUACAGGAGGAGAAAAUCUAAACUAAAUUGACUGAUAUUGGAUUAACCUGGUUUCCCUUUCUAGUAAAACUGGAUCACUAGCUAAAAGACAAUCUUUUAAACUUAGGUGUCCUUUUGCAAGAAUCUGGAAUAAUGAUCCUUUAGAUAGCAAUUUUAGCAGAACUGAUACACUCGGCGAUGAGAUUAACGUACUAACCUCAAAUUAUUUUUUUCCUUCAGUAAAACCUCCCGAGAUAACACGAGCACUUUUCCAAGAAAAUUUCGUGGCCAGGAACACCGGAUUGAUUUUGUGUGUCUCAGAUUCCCUCCCUUCGGCCGAUCAUCACUGGUUGUUCAACGGAGCCAAGCUAGAGACAAACAAGACAGGAAAAUACGGGUUGACGCCCAGACAGGACUUGCUCGUUCAUCAGUUAUCACACAAUGAUACUGGAACGUACACUUGCGUGGCAACGAAUACGUAUGGUAGGGCCACAAAGGAAAAGUAUAUUAAAGUUGGUAAGGAGAUAGACUAGAACUAGAACAAGAGUUGCAUGAAAGUGGACAAGCGAGAGUUUACAUGAGAGUUUUCUCGACUUUCUUUGCUUGAUCAAAUGAGAACAAGAGUUGAUGAGAGCUCAGGGUCUUACAUAUUAAGACCUUGCAUGUGAGCAAAGGUUCUUGGGAUAUGGCCAGCAAGUAAUUGCAUAUAGGUAACGUAAGUAUUGCAUAUAGGUAACGUGUGCAUUUCGUGAAUUCGAUUGUAACACGUGUAUAAGUGUUUUUAAAGACUGCCCACCUGUUUAUACUGAAACUUUAGUUUGGGGAUACAAUAUUUAUUACAAUUUUUAUUGAUCUGGAUAGGAUUUUUCGGGUUUUAACCAAGAAUUCCCAGUGUAGAUCUCAAUCAGCAAUACAUAUAAUCUUUCCUCUUUAGUUCUACACACUAACUACUGAGUAUUGUAUAUAAAAUGAAUGCUUCAUUUCGUCUAGGCGAUGUUUCUACACAAAUUGAUGCGACAGUAACCUCCAGCAAACCUAAAUAUUCACAGAUAGCAACAAAAACAACUUCGUCUCUAACAGUUACAACAGCAGAACCAAGUAUGUUGAUAAUUAGCUUCUUAAAGUUUAUUUUCAUUUUGUUUGCAUAGAUAUUUUUAUUUGAUGCUUGUUAUGUUAGUCUGAGUGUAUAUCCACACCGGGAAAGCUUGAAAAAUAUGCCUGGCCAGGGUGGGAAUCGAACCUACGGCAUUUGGAAUACUAGCCCAAUGCUCGGCCAACUGAGCUACGCGGUUAGUUUCAUGAUUAUCAGAUUACAUGAAUAUCGAAGUAACUAGAUUCUGUUCAGAAUUAUCAUGCACAUACUCGAACCGACCUGACCUGAGUACAUUACACCAACACAGAAAAAAGAAAAAUUAUUUGUACUUAUGCCUUUGUUUCAGCAGUAAACCAUAGCUUACGGCUAAAAGGUUUAAGCAGUUAGAAGAUUUAUACAGUGUCAAAGGCCGUGUUGUGUAUAGUUUGAGAUUUGUUUGAUAGAAACGUAUUCUGUAAUAAACGUAAAGACAUAACUGAUGAUGCUUGUUGAGAAAAGUAACUCAAAUUAAUGUAAAUCAGAAGGAUUUUGUGUCAGAAAUACAUAAUCUACAGGCUCUGUCACGGCUAUGAUUUCUUUGUGUUUUUCUCAUAGAUUAGUAAUAAGAAUUACGCAAAAUCUCUGUCUUUUCCUUAUCUGAUUCGUCAGAGUUCUUGGUCAGAGUAAAAUACCAUUUUACUAUUUUAUUCAAUGUUUUAGAAUCAACCGCCAGCACCAGUCCGGAAGAGGAGUGUUCAGACUUCAAUAAAGUAUUUAUUGCUUUAUUUUCCAUCUCUCUUAUUGUCAAUGUUGCUCUUGGUAUUACUGUGGUGCUUCUGUGGAAGAAAAUACAGAGGUCAGUGAAAUUUGCUGUGCGGAUUAUGUACAAUCUGGCAUUAGCGCAUGGGAGAGAAAAAAGUAGGGGGCAACCCAAAUUUUUUUGUAUUUUGCCCGACUUGGCAAAAUUUUUCCCCAGGUCCGGAAAAAUUUUUCGAAGAGUAUAAAUUUUUGCCUACAUUUAGAUAUAUUUUAAAUUUUCGACUAUUUUCUUAAAUAUUUUUUGCUUUUCAACUUAUCCCCCCCCCCCCCUUCCUUAGACAAUUCCGUGAUAAUUCAAUUGUUAAUAUUCAUUCCCUUUUUAGAAAUCAAGACAAAGAUUUUCAAAUAAGAGGUAACGUGAUAAUAAAUUUAAAAAAUAGCAAAACGUACAAAAUUUGCUUUAAUUUAAAUUAAUAGACAACAGAUGGGUUUUGCAAGAUGACUAAUAGAAUUCAGGGUUCGACUAAUUCCUUUGGAGCCCACCUUUGGAGUGGCGUCCCUUUAAGACGCCAAUAUUCCGAUGGAUUAUAAUCCUCUCUGACAAUUCUCAACAUUCGACUGACGUUAUAUCUACACUAUAUCUAGCAAUAUUUCAUCCCCACAAUGUACUGAAUGUAUACAGCCAAUUCAAAUGAAAAAGGUUGUCCUUUGCAAACUUUAAACUUUAAACCUAGUAAAUUUUAAACUCUAAGCGCGCAAAGCUUAAUGGGAGCACAAGCUUCAAGCUUAGUAGUUGCAUCAUAGUUGUAUAUUGCAGCUACAUGUAUUUGUGAAGGGUGAAGGAAUUUUUAUCGUAAAAAGGUAUUUACCAGGUCUCUAAGAAAUGGGUGAGUUUAAGGCUUGGAAAGGACAACCUUUUUUGAAUUAGCUGUAUAUAUAUAUCCCAUAGAGGAAAAGAGCAUAUCCUCGCAACCGGUAUGAUCAUAAUAUAGAAGACAUCUUUCACUUCAUGAUAGUAAAAGUUUCGUUAGAACAUCACCUUCACAAAAAUCACGGUAUUAAGAUGGCCCGAAUCAUCUGCGGUGUAGGAAAUGGUGCCUAUAAUGCUGUUAAAUUGGAGUGGUGGUAACACGACAAAUCUGAGAUGGUUAAUUUCGUGUACAGAAUAUUCAUAAGAUGCUUGAUAAAUUUUAGAAAUGCAAAAUAUUGAUGAAAACAGCAGAGCAACCACAGGAGAUGAUAUUAGGGCAUAAUUAUGACGACGUAGUGACCGAGAGUGGCAUACCCAAUGAUGUAAUUUAUGAGGAGUCCUUCCCGUCAUUCAGACACAACAAUAAUGAACGUUUGUCAACAGGUAAAUUUGGCAAGGGAGAACAGUUUAGAACUGAUAGAGUUAUCCAGUAUAAAUAAAGUUAGUUUAGUUUAGGUUUCCUCCUGUUGUAACACUGGAUCAAUAAGAGAUGAUCCUUACUGGACCUCUAGGAAGAACAGUUUAGAACUGAUAGAGCUAUCCAGUACAAAUAAACUUAAGUUAGUUUAGGUUUCCUCCUGUAGUAACACUGGAUCAAUAAGAGAUGAUCCUUACUGGAUCUCUAGAGAGAACAAGUUACAACUGAUAAAACGGCCAGUUAUCUAAUCAAAAAGAGCAUUUGUUUCAUUCGUGAAGAAUUACCAGGUUGUAACAAAUUUUUAAAAUUUCAAAUGAUUUUUAACAGAUGAAACAGACUAAAUUUUCUAAAGGGGGCGAACUUCCUAAAGUGAGGCGAAUUUUCUAGGAAUUUCGCUCCCGGAAGGGCGAUAUUACCAGGAUUUCGCCCCACUCGGGGGAGGGGCGAAAUUCCUGGGACACCGAAAUAAAUAAAGUUAGUUAAAUUUAGGUUCCUCCUGUAAUACCACUGUAUCAAUAAGAGAUUAUGCUGAUAAAGCUAUCCAGCAUAAAAUGAAAUAUACAUUCUAUGCAAAAUCAAUUCUCGCGCAUGUGUCUUUAUUUAGGUCAUGAAUAUGAAGAACCAUCGAACUAUGAGCCUCUGAGGAGAAAUCUUUUAGAAGAUCAGGCUGAUGAACACAACUAUCAAAGUCUCAUAACAUCACAGGAAGGAAACUAG